AUGGCCCAAUACGCAGGGGUUACUACAGUUGCAAGCAUGUUUGAUGUGCUGGAGGCGAAAUUGCCAACAAAAUCGGAACUACGACAGGCAAGCCUAGGUAACGACUGUGUGUCGACACGCUUGUUUAUUCGCAUUAUAGAAGCGUUCAUAAAGCAUGCUCUUGGAAUUGACCCUAAAACAAAGCAGGCAAUGCCAUUCCGCGGACUGUUUGGAAAGGUUCAGGCAUAUUUUGGAAUGGUUGAGACGCAAGGGCGCGGAACGCUACACAUCCAUUUUCUUAUUUGGCUUUCCAACUGUCCCACCAAUUCUGUCCAAGUGGAUAAGCUGAUGCGCAGCCCAGAAGGAGACAGGUUCAGGGAAUCGGUCAGAGCUUACGCCGAAAGUAUCGUCUCGAACACAAUUCCCCUUAAUAUUGAGACUGGAAGCUGUCACAACUGUGGAGCAAGUUACUCGAAUCUUGUUGGGUUAGACCUUGACGCUCGAGCGAGGCUUGAUCCGUGUGCGGGACUGUUCAGUGCUAAAGCUGGCAAGCGCGUGUUAGAACCUUUGCUAGUGCAAUGUGGCGAAUGUAACACCAAAUUUAGUUCCCAGCAUGUCUUACGGCAAGUGCUCCUAGAAAACCGGCAAGUGAUACCGGCAUGGGAGUCCCCUCUCAGUCAAACGGGUACUCUGGAGCAAGCACAAGUGGAGUUGAGGUGUCGAAAUGAUCUCAGCGAGGCUAUUCAUACUGUUGAUGAACGAGAAUGA